UUAAAGCUCCGAUCAGAACAACUGAAGGGAAGAAAAGUUUAUUUGGGGGCUCACAGUUCCAGAAGUCUUGGUCCAUAGGCAGCCAGCUCCAUUUCUUUGGGCUUGAGGGACCAUGGACAUUGAAGCAUAUUUUGAAAGAAUUGGCUAUAAGAACUCUAGGAACAAAUUGGACUUGGAGACAUUAACUGACAUUCUUCAGCACCAGAUCCGAGCUAUCCCCUUUGAGAACCUUAAUAUUCACUGUGGGGAACCUAUGGAGUUGGACUUAGAAACCAUUUUUGAUCAAGUUGUAAGGAGGAAGCGGGGUGGGUGGUGCCUCCAGGUCAAUCAUCUUCUUUACUGGGCUCUGACCACGAUGGGUUUUCAGACCACUAUGUUGGGAGGCUACGUUUACAAUACUCCAGCCAACAAAUACAGCAGUGGUAUGAUUCACCUUCUACUACAAGUGACCAUCAGUGGCAAGAACUAUAUUGCUGAUGCUGGGUUUGGACGCUCCUACCAGAUGUGGCAGCCUCUGGAAUUAAUUUCUGGAAAGGAUCAGCCUCAGGUGCCAUGCAUCUUCCGCUUGACAGAGGAAGAAGGCAUCUGGUACCUGGACCAAAUCAGAAGAGAGCAGCACAUUCCAAACCAAGAAUUUCUCAAUUCUGACCUCCUAGAGAUGAAUAAACACCGAAAAAUCUACUCCUUUACUCUUGAACCUCGAACAAUUGAAGAUUUUGAGUCUAUGAAUACAUACCUUCAGACAUCUCCAGCCUCUGUGUUUACAAGCAAAUCAUUUUGUUCCUUGCAGACCCCAGAAGGGGUUCACUGUUUAGUGGGCUUCACCCUCACCUAUAGGAGAUUCACCUAUAAGGACGGUGUCGACCUGGUAGAGUUUAAGACUCUGAAUGAGGAAGAAGUCGAAGAAGUAUUGAAAACUAUAUUUCAUAUUUCUCUAGAGAGAAAACUAGUGCCCAAACAUGGUGAUCGAUAUUUUACUAUUUAGGAGAAGCAGCAAGCAUGGUCUUUAAUAACACUUCCUUACACUUUUUACUAUAUAAAAUUUCAAAUCUAUUCAAGAUUAUAGAGAAUAACAUAAUAAACCUGCGUAUUGAUUUCUCAGAUUACCAACAAUGAACUGAUGACCUAUCAUAACCUUUGAGCCCCACAUUAUUUUGAAGAAAACCCUACACAUCAUUUUAUUUCACCCAUAAAAAUGUCAUCAUGUAUAACUAAAUGGCUUUUGUUUUCAGGAACAUAACCACCCUCCUUUCAAAAUUAAUACUAAUAAAAGCAUUUUAAUAA